AUGGCUUCCGAUUUGGAUUUCUUAUUUAAGCCUUUGGUUUUGGUGACAGGUUUUGGCCCGUUUUUAAAUCAUCCAGUAAACGCUAGUUGGGAGGCAGUUAAGCUUAUGAACAAAAAGGAAUUAGAGAAGAAAUACAAUAUUGAAUUGGUGCAGCUGGAGAUACCAGUUACCUAUGAGAACGUGGAUGAAUUUGUGCCCGCUUUAUGGGAAACACACACACCAAAGCUCGUGAUCCACGUGGGAGUGUCGAGUAUAGCUGAUUGUAUGACCUUGGAAACCCAAGCUCACAGGAAAGGCUACCAAAGAAAGGACUACUUUGACAACUGUCCAGCUGAUCACACUUGUCCAGCUGAGGGGGCUAUCAGGCUGCAAACAAAGCUGAAUGUAGAACAGAUUUGCAAGGAGUUCAAUGAUGGAAACCCUCCGGAAAAUACUAAUGCUGUGGCAUCAAAAGACGCUGGAAGGUAUCUCUGCGAGUACAUUUAUUAUACGUCACUUAGCGUGGACAACACGAGAACCCUCUUCAUCCACGUCCCUGACAUUCCAAAAUAUCCCUCGGACCUCACUGCCCGGGCCCUGGAGAAAAUUCUAGAAUUGUGCUUGGAGCAGGUCAACAAAAUGGACACCUCAGAAGAAUUAUUAACGGAGAGGAUGAAGGAAUCUAAUAUAAGGGAAGGAAAUAAUUAA